AUGCCACCACCCAAUACUCCAGAGGAAGGACUGGUCGCGACGACCACCCUAGCCCUCCGACCUUUCGUCCGCGGGGAGCCAGCGUCCUCGGCAGUCGACCUCCGAGCGCUCGAGUACGAAGGCAUUGUCGACGAGAACCUCAUAUGCCCGAUAUGCCGCGUUGCGUUUGUGGCGCCAAUCAUAACGGCAUGCGACCAUGUCUUCUGCCACAAGUGUAUCGUCCAGGCCCACGCCUUGAAUCCUGUCUGCCCCGUCGACCGCCUUCCGCUGAAGCUAGCUUCCGAGACACAAACCGCGCCCAAGAUCGUCCACAAUCAGCUUGAUAACCUCAUGGUCAGGUGCCCCAAUAAGUCGCGUGGAUGCAGCCUCGUAGUUGCGAGGUCCUUGGUGGACAACCAUGUCAUUCGAUAUUGCGACAAAACACUCAUACCUUGUCCUCACCCAUCUUGCGAGCAGUCCGUUGCUCGCAAGGAUUCAGGGAAAGGUUGUCUACAUUACGAUGCCAAGUGCGAGUACUGCGAGCAGGUACAUCAGAAGGCGGACUUGAAGGAUCACCAGGACAGCCAAUGUCGAAACAGAAAGAAGAACUGUGGCCUAUGCAAAGUUGAAGUCGUCCGACACAAGCAAGAUGAGCAUAUGAAGGAAUGCCCCGAAGCGGAAACGCCAUGUCGCUUUGCACCAUUUGGCUGUACACGCCAGAUGAGUCGGAAACAUCUGGAAGUUCACGCACGAGCUUGCGAAUACAGGGUCGUAGGCCCUAUGGGUGAGCAACUGGCCGAACUGCGAGCGGAACUUGGGGUCCUCCAGGAGAAAGACCGCCUAAAGGAUCGGCGGAUUAAGUUCCUUGAGAACAAGGGGUUUCCAAUGCCUUCGACGAGCUCUACCGACACAAUGGGAGAUAUGAGCCUCUCCGAGACACCAGCCAACACAGAAAAUGCCCCUUACGAAUCCCGAGAUCAAUACUUUCUGUCUCUCUUCGAAACAAUGGAGUCGAAAGUCGAACGACUGUCCUCUGCUCUUAAUGAGGUGGAGGGUCGGCAUUCGAUGAUGCUGUUCAACGAGACACUGCCGAUUAAAGAUCAGCUCACCGAAAUUCGCAGCACUAUGGGUGUUCUGGGGAUGCACGUGCGAUGGUUGAUGAACUUUCGGCUACAGGAACGCGGAAGAGUUGGAACAGGCUCUCCCAACGUUCCUGGUUCUUUGACGCAAGAGAACAGUAAUGGCUCAAGUCUGCCCCGCCGUUUAAGCGAUACCUUACGAGAGAAUCCACCGCGCUUAUGA